AUAAUAAACGAACAGAUGUAUAUAUAUGUGCAAAUAUAUGCAUAUGUAUAUAUGUUUGUGGUGUGUGUGUGUGUGUGCGUGUGUGUGUGUGCGUGUGUGUGUGUACAUAUAUCGAUGACCGAGGUGGAGGAGACGUGUUAUUUGCGAGAAGACAUGCACAUGAAAAUACACGACGCACAGGCAAAUACAACUUCAAGGAAAUUUUUUGAACUAGUUUACUUCUCUAGUUUAAUGGUUUUGAUAUUAAGAAUAACAUAACAGCAAAUAAUAGAUCAUCAUCAUCACCAUCAUCAUCGUCAUCAUCAUCAUCAUCAUCAUCAGCAUCAUCAUCAUCAUCAUCAUCAUCAUCGUUUUUAUCAUUUUCAUUUACUCAUUUGAACUUUCCGCGCAAGGGUGCUUCAAGAAACCGAUACCAUUUUCGAAUCGCUUCAAGAACCCUUGUUGGUAUGAAAUGCCGGGUGGAAAAACCUUAACUUUGCGUUGUUUACCAUAUUUUUAUCUGGUUGGAGUUGAUAAAUGUGGUACAACUGAUCUAUUUUCUCGACUAAGACAACAUCCAGAAUUACUCCGAACAAAUGCACUCAAUGGAAAAGAAACUCACUGGUGGUCGUGGAGGCGAUUCGGUGAUGGUAGUCCUACAGUUUUCUGGGAUUUCACUGGAUGGCCGCUUAUCGCGCAAAAUAAAGGCCUUGAGCAACCUACAGUCUUAACACCUCAUUGUAUUUCACACCUGACACCAAACGUUAAAUUUAUUUUGUUGUUGAGAAAUCCAGUUGAAAGAUUAUACUCAGACUACUUGUUUGUAAAAAGGAAAAAUUUGUCAGUAGAAGAUUUCGAUAAAGGAGUCAAGUAUUCUUGGAAUGAGCUUCAGAAAUGCACGGAAAAGCUCGAUAUCCGACUUUGCUUAUUUGAUAAAUCUCUGCAUAUGAAGACAACGGUAAGUAAAGUUGCUAUAGAGAUCAAUAAUGUGACUGUGCAUCGAUUUGCUGAUUGCCAUCAAUAUUUCAGCAAUAACGGCGAGUAUUAUCUUCGACUGAUGAAUUCAUCAUAAGAUAGAAACAGUAAUAUUUCUCUCUCGUAUUUGUCGGCGCACCUGUCGGUUUACCCAUCCCCUACUGCAUUGCAACUACCCAACAUACAUUCUACACUAAGUACCCAACUCCACACACUGAGUCACUUAAAUCAACAGACAAGUUGGAGUUCAUCAGUUUUAAGUGUCCCUGAGAACACACGUAGCUUUAUUCUUUGCACACCAAACACAACUAGGCUAGUGGGAAACUGAAAUAAUCCUUCUAGACAUGUCCCUCUGCAUCUGAAACACAACGAAGCCUCAGUACUCCAAUCUCUUCAAAACAUAGAACAAGACCUAUAACGUUUCGAGAAGUACGUCCAUCCCAUAAAACUGGAUGGUCUGUAUUCAACAUCCAUCACUUGAAAGACCAUUAUAUGAACAGCAAGAGAUGGCUUAGUCUUGCUUAGACACCAAACUUUCCCGCGCCCUAAACUGUAUAUUUUGGGUUCUUUUCCAAAGAAAUCGCCACGAACUUUGCAGAAACCUCUUUUUCUCCGGUAGCAAAUAAUCUUUUCUACUCUAGGCACAGGGCCCGAUAUUUUGGGGGAGGGAACCGAUCGAUUAGAUCGACCCCAGUACGCUACUGGUACUUGAUUUAUCAACCUCGAAAGGAUGAAAGGCAAAGUCGACCUCGACGGAAUUUGAACUCAGAACGCAAAGACAGACGAAAUACCGCUAAGCAUUUCGCCCGGCGUGCUAGCGUUUCUUAUUUCUUUACUGCUCACAAGGGGCUGCACACAGAGGGGACAAACAAAGACAGACAAACGGAUUAAGUCGAUUAGAUCGACCCCAGUGCGUCACUAACUGGUA